AUGAAUGAAAAAUACAAACUCUACUGCGAAGGUACUCGUAAUGGAGCCAAUUUACAAGAGGCCUUCACCUCGCAACGAUUUCCCUCCGUUGCAUUGCGAAAGAAUUCCUUUUUUUCUCAGGCUUUGGAUGAUGAUCAGAUCGGAGAUGAUGAAUUAUUACCUCUUUCUAUGGUUUGUUCGGGUGGUGAAUCAAAAUCCUAUUCAUUGUACUUUUUUGAAGGAAGUGAAUCGAGGUGGUUUUUCAAGGAAAAGAAAUAUGUUUUUGAAGUAUUGUUCAAUCAGAUGAGACCGAGAGCAGAAUCUCAUUGGUCACGAUUGAUGAAUAGAGUAGUCUUGCUGCAUGAUAAUGGACCAUUGUUUGAAAUGAUGGAUGGAAGAUUAUUUCUGUUCGAUAUCCAUACUGGAUUGUUGUCUUGUUUCUUUAUUGAGAGAUCGUCACAAAUUAGAGUGAUUGGAAGUGGACUAAUGUCGAAUAUAAUAAUGGUUCAAACCACUGAGGGGAAAAUUAUUAAGAAACAUUUUAAUAGAGAGCCUAAAGAAGUUGUAAUUGAUGAUCCAUCACCAGUUAAGCUAUUUUCAUGUUUUUGCAGAGAUUUGCAAAUUAUUGUUUUGGAGAAUAACAAAUUCUACAUUAUUAAGGAUGGUUCCUCAAAGGAAUCCCAUUAUGGAUUUGCAUCUUAUGGAUUUGACGUUCCUGUUGAGGUUGCUACUCCACUCUUUAACAGUGGAAUCAAAAAGGUUUCAUCAGGUUAUAGACAUUGUGUAGUUCUAUUGGAAAACGGACAGGUGUUUACGAGAGGAUUCAACUAUCACAAUCAAUGUGCAAAUGGAGAUGAUACAGAUAUAGAAGAAUAUUUUAAGCUUGGAUUCCAAAAUCUUGAUUAUAAUCCCAAUACUAAUGUAAAUACUUUCUCCCAAAAUGCCUAUACGAAAUAUCAUAUAGUUCACAUCCAAUCUCAUCAGAUAGCUGCUGUUCCAUUCACCACUCUGAAUACUACUGGAGUACUUGCUGAGGACGAAACUUUAUUGAAUGAGCUCUCACAAAUAUACGAAACUAAAGUACUCAGUAAUUUCAUCAAGAAAAACACUCUAUUACAAGAAGUAGCUUCACUUUCGUCCGACGAAGAAUUGGAUUACAUGUAUGCAUGUUGUUCAGAUGAUGAUUUAGUAAUGAUGACUGCUUGGAAUGAAUCCAAUUUUUUACUAGACGAAACUGCAAGACGAAAGAGGAGAAUUGAUUCAAAACUUGCCUCAACUGUUUCCAUUUCUACCAAUCAAAAGAAAUCAGUUUCUUUCUAUUCAAAACUCGAGGAUGAACAUUGGUUAUUAGAUCAGCUAUGGAGUGACAUUCCAAUAAUUGCUAUCCCAAUCGAAUAUUUAGAUCAUUUAUUUUUGAAUAUUAAGAAUAAUAUUUAUAUGGGAAGUUUUAAAGAAAAUGGAAUUAGGAAGGAGGUGAAUGAUUAUGAAUUGGAAGAUUUAUUUCAUUUGGUUGGAACAGAGGGAGUUUUGACAAUGACUGUUGUGAAAACUUCUCCACAAGUUUCGUCCAGUGAGGAAUUGAUGAAUUUGUUGACUAUGGAGCAGAAAGAUGAAAUUGUUCAAGCAAUUAAGAAGAAUAUUCAGGUGGAAAUCUUGGAUAAGUUGCUGAGAUUUGAAAAAUCAUCUGGUAAGGUAUUGCUCCUGGUCUUGUUCAUAUUGUGUUAUCUCGUUGUUGGAGGAACUACCAUGAUUAUAGAAUCUAUUCGAUUCUUACUUAAACUCUGCAGAAGAGAACACUAUCAAUCUCUGGCAUCAGAAGAAAAUUCCAUUCAAAAACUUCUCAAAGAGACUGAAUUUAGAGAAAUGCUUCGAGUCUACUCUCGAAACGAACAUUCCAUUGAGAAUCUAGCUCUCUACGAAGUAUUGGAACAAAUCAGAAAGAGUGGAGUUGUCACUCACAAGAAUUUAUUGGAAAUUCAUCAUAAUUACAUUCAAAUGUUUGCCCCAUUUGAGAUUAAUUUAUCAUCGGAUGGAAGAUUUAAAUUUAUGGAAUUGUUGGAACGUGAGGCGAAUGUUCCCUACUCGGAUUUGGAUGAAAUAAUAAUGAGAGAAUUGUUGAUUAAUUUGACAGAUACCAUUUCGAGAUUGGAAACGACAUCUGAAUAUGAGGAUUGGUUAGAAACAAAGAAAUUAAAGAAGGAUAUUGAAUUAAAUGUUUAA